CAUAGAGCACAGAGUAAGAAUAGCUUUCCCCUACUGCCUUCUUUUCUUGCCCCUGCCUAUAGCCCUUUUCACUCACACAGGAGGCUGUGGUUUGGUACUCUUACUCCCUAUCCUCCACCACAAGGCCCAGCAAGAGAAAGGUGGGGCCAGACUAGGUACAACUCAGCAGGACACCGACCCCAGCUGCUACCAGGGGAAAAGGACCCAAGCAGAACAUGAAGUGGGACUGGCAUCCAGCUGGCCUGAUCUUGACCAUCAUUCUCCUCCAGGGUAUUGUGGCCCAGAAAGAGCAAGGAAAAAAGCCAGUGGACUUGGAUGACAAUCGCCAAGAUGGAACUGUACUACUAACCUGCAACUUUAAAGGGGAUCAAACUGUCCAGUGGAUUGCAGGGGAAGUGAUCCUAAAGGAAACUAAGAAAACAUUGAACCUGGGAAGUAUCUUCAAGGACCCCCAAAAUGUGUAUUGGUGUAGAAACUCAACAAAUGCAACAACACCUGAAGAGCAAUCUCUCCCACUUCAUGUGUAUUACAGAAUGUGCCAAAACUGUAUUAAGUUGGAUGGAGCCACUCUAUCAGGCUUUAUUUUAGCAGAAAUCAUCACUGUUUUCUUCCUUGCUGUUGGUGUCUACUUCAUCGCAGGGCAAGACGGAGUAUGGCAGUCAAGAGCUUCGGACAAACAGACCCUGCUGACUAAUGACCAGCUUUACCAGCCGCUCAGAGACAGAGAAGAUGACCAAUACAGUCACCUUCAAGGGAGUCAUCCCCAGAAGAAGUGAGCUCCCAGACUCAAUCCGAUGGUGCCUUCCCACUCCCUAAAACCUAGAACCCUUACCUCUGCAAUUCUGACUGCUUCUAAAUAGGGUUCCCCCUUUAUAGCGUGACUGUAACCAUCCAUCCCUCCUGAUCUCCACUGACAGGGCUCUACUUAGCCCCAGCACAAGCUGUGCAGUCGGACUGAUUGGGGCAGCUCCCUUCCCAAAGUGCCAGGGCCAAUGUGCAUUUUCUUGAUGAUUUGCUGUUAAUGACAUUUCAAAAACAUGUUCACUGUGUGCCUGCAAAAUUCUUCUCCAGCUGUGCCUGGAGCAUUCUAGGCACUGAAUAAAUAUGCAUUACUCAA